AUGGACAAUACAACACUUUUCUCCUCUUCUAUCAAACCGUCCAACUGUCAGUUUCUGCAGCUUAUCAGCGGCCUCUUCUUUCUCCUUCUCAUCUGCUGUACCGUCUUUGGCAAUCUUCUGGUCAUCAUUGCAAUCAUCCGCUUUCGGCACCUCCGCCGAACGAGCAACUACCUCAUCUGUUCACUGGCGCUUACCGACCUAAUCGUCGGCCUGAUUCUCAUGCCACUGAAAGCCUUCAAUGAGGUGGUCAACCUGGGCAGCUGGCGGUACGGUCGUCGACUGUGUUUCAGUUGGCUUUUCCUGGCCAUCCUCUGCUCCACUGCCUCCUCCUUUCACCUGCUGGCCAUUGCAGUGGACCGCUAUCUGGCCAUCAACCGGCCGCAUUCAGUUCUGACUAGAAGACACCAGAACACUCAAAAGAGUGGUAGUCUUCAUUGGGGAAGUAGGCGUCACAAGUUUCAGGUUGCGGCGAUGGUCGUCUUCAGUUGGGCCGUCUCCUUUGGCAUUGCCCUCUUUCCUCUGACUGUCUGGAUUGACGAGGCUGCCUUUGAGAAAGGUUUGCGCGAGCAGAUUUGCUUUCCAGCACAAAAGGUGAUUCACAAACUGGCCAGUCAGGUAGUGGUCUUCUACGGGCCCAUUGCCAUCAUGAUACCGCUCUACGUGAAGAUUUAUCAGAAAUCAAAACGCCAGUGCUGUCCUCUUCCGUCACCUCACCUUUUGGCUGCCUUGCCGCCAACAAAAGCUGAAAACAAACAACAACAACAAAGGACAACAACUAAAACGUCAACUUCAUCGAGCACCUCAAGUACCGACCAGAAAGUGCAACCCGCAUUACCACCAUCUCAAUCUCAACCAAAGCCAAACUAUCACCGUUACCGUCGUGAGUAUCGCGUCGCCAAGACACUUUUAACCGUUCUCCUCGCCUACAUCAUUUUUCUGUGGCCAUUUUACCUGACAACGCUGAUCACCUCGACCCUGGGCGAACGGGCCCCGCCUCGUCUGCUGUACUCUCUGGCUCUUUGGUUUCUGUACUCCAACUCAAUGGUGAAUCCACUCAUCUAUGCGGCACUCAAUCGGCAUUUUGCACGCGCCUUCAAGCAGUUGUUACACAUUUAG